UGAAGUGGCGUUCAGCGCGCGGACCCCAGUCAAAGAAGCGAUAGUUCACGAUAACAUCGACACACGGAACGUAAUACUAAUUUGUACUCAAAUGUAAAGGUAAGGUUGUUCCUGUGCCUGAAAACGUCUACGAGGAAUUGAGGUUUCACAGCUAUGCAUCAUGAACGUGCGUGGUGUCACUGCACAACCGGCUUCAAGGUUAUGAAAAGAAAUGCUAAAUAAACAAGACAAAUAACAUGGAUCUAAUUCUUGUAAUCACGUUUACCAUGUGUCUUCAGAACAGCUGGGAAAUCGUGGCACAAGGACCAACGGUGAUGCUACGACAAGGAACAAUCAGAGGGAUCAAUGUCUACACAGACGACAGGCAGACAAUCAACGCCUUCUUGGGCGUGCCAUACGCUGCCCCUCCGACAGGAGACCUAAGGUUUUCUCCACCAGAACGCCUCUCUGGCUGGAAUCGUUCCUCUCUUUUCGCUGGUAGCUUUGCCUCUGCUUGUCCCCAGCUUCAAGAAAUUUCCAGCAUGGCCCCGAUACCUCAAGACGAAGACUGCCUGUAUCUAAACAUCUGGACACCAGAGACAGCAGCGAACUUCCGAGGAAGUAUACCUGUUGUUAUUCUUCUGGAAGGAGAAGGGUUCGUAUCCGGCCUAGUGUCACGAUUUCCAGGGCAGGAUCUAGCAGCUGAAGGCGUCAUUGUCGUCUCUGUCACAUACCGACUUAAUGUUUUUGGAUUCUUCUGUUUAGAAGACUCCGAGGCAAGAGGAAAUCUCGGUUUGCUGGACCAAUACUUUGCGCUGCUGUGGGUACGGGAGAAUAUCGAACUGUUUGGCGGAGACCCCCGGAGCAUCACUUUGAUGGGGCACUCGGCAGGCGCCGCCAGUGUCAUGUACCACAUGACGUCACCACGAACCGCAGGUCUAUUCCACAGGGCUAUCGUCAUGUCCGGGAGUGUGACCUCGCCGUGGUCUGGGGCGCCACAUCCCGCCAACUCCUCCCGGGGGAUCGCGCGUAGCCUUGGUUGCUUAGCUACCACUUCCCGCGCAAUCCUGGCCUGCCUCCGGACUAAAUCCACAGCCGAGAUUUUGCGGGCCUUCGAGGCGCAGUACAAAAACGGUAACUGGACAGCUAUGGUGUUGCCAGUUGUAGACUCAUUUCUUCCGGAACCGGAGCAGUACCUCCCACGUGACCCGAAAGAAAUGCUCCAAACAGGAAAUUAUGUACCAAUGCCGGUGAUGACGGGUACAACUCGCCACGAGGGAGCUGCCACCCUAUACCAAUGGAGCGACUUGGCGAGACAGAGUUACCUGCAGCUGAGUCACUUUUUCGAGAACUCCGCCAUCCCGACCGUGAUGGAACACUACAGGUUUGCCAAGGAGAGGCGGAUCCAAGAGAUCCUCAAGUGGCAGUACUCGGAUAAGGCAAGGGAGGGGGAUACGAACGCACUGCUUGUCAAACUAUUAGAGUUCUAUACGGACUCUCAAUUCGCAGCCCCAAACUUUCGCCAGUUGGCUCUCCUCGCCCGCUCUCCAGAGCCGCUCUUCGUGUAUAAGUUCGAACAGACUGGCGGACCGGAUCUUUAUGGCAACACCCUCAACAUCACAGGGUCUGCCCACGGUUCGGAGUUUCUUUACCUGUUCGGACCUACGUUGAUGCUUAAGCUGGGAGGAAGACGAUUUACACAAGACGAGGACCGUUUCAGCAAACGUAUCAAAAGAUACUGGGCGGACUUCAUCAGGCAAGGGAGCCCAAACGCGCCUGGAUCUUUUGGGUACGGGUUGUCAUGGAAACGAGCGACGCCUGAGGACUAUAACUGCAUGGUGCUUAGGAGUGAACAGCAGCAGCAAGGACAGUCCAUGAGCUGUGAGCUGGGGCAGGAGGAGGCAGGUCUGUGGAACGACCUUCUGCCUCGUCUACAGCAGAUGACAGCUGCAGACACACAGAGCGGCUCAGACACUCGAACCACGGACUCGAGACUCGGCCAGGAUUCGAGCCAGCCCUUUAGAAGUGCGAUGUACACGCUGAUCGGCUUCGUGGCGGUGCUUCUGGUCAUGCUGGUGAUAUGUCUCGUGCUCCUGAAGAAGCACUCAAAAGGACGAGACCGUGACUUUUUCUGACGGCGUGCGGACAGAACUGGGGCAAAACAGAACGACCCGCCACAAGCUUGGCGCUACAACGUUACCACCAACAGACUCUAAGCGGCCAACCUCAAAGGAAGGCCAAUCAGUAACAGGCCGUGAGCGACCAGCUCACGACGAAGGCUGAGCAACGAAUGGGUUCACGACAGAUUCUCCAGGAAGUCUAUUUCAAACAAGACAAACUGCACAGAACUCCUGAUAGACUACCGAUCGCUUAUUCUGACUAUAAACUGAACAGUGGAGGGCCAACUGAAGACUAUUAAUCGCUACGAUGACUGACAAAGAAGUGAUUUGAUAUUUGGCCCAUGCUCCGUAAUUGAUCGGAUACCACUAAGCGACGGAAAGUUGACAUAAUCCAUUUUCAGAAACAGACAAAUUCUUGAACUGAACGAACACUUUGUGAAUAAGAUGUCUUUUCUUAAAAAGACAAGUUUCUACAAAUGAAUGUACAUCCAAAUGGUUAAUAUUAUGGAUGUACAGUUUAUAUUCAGAAACUGAUAUACUGUGCUGUUUGAUAAAAGAAUUCCCCUGUUCUGUCCAUUGUACUACAGAUACGAAUUGCUUCUAGCAAACAUUUCAAAAUGCUACUAUAUUGUAUAUACAUAUGUAAAUAAGCAUCAAUAAAUAUUAACAAUUAAGCUACA